AUGUCACCUACUUUACACAGAGAGACAACAAAUCCAUUUUUGUCUGGAUUACAACUUGCACGGUCUGCCUUAUGCCCAAUUAUUGGUUAUAAUGGAAGUUUUUGUCCCGGUGGUAAUCGUACAAAUUCAAUUCAAUCACGUCAAUUAUUAUCCUCUGUGCUACUGCCAUUACCAAAGAGUGUUGGUAUGGCUAUUGAUAUUAGUACGGGUGAUAUUCUAUUACCAGCAUUGGAAAUAAGUGAGAAGACGAGUACAACAUGGACAGAUCCAGAAUCUGGACAAGUAUUCUAUGUGCCAGAUGAAGUAAAAGUCGACCCACCAUCAUCUAAUGAUAACAACAUUAGUGUACGUAUAUUUGAUACAGAAAACGAAUUAUUUGGUUUUUGGCUACGUGGUAAUGAAGCUGGUAGUUGGACCGGUGCCGAGUUUGCACGUAGGAAAGCCGUAUCCGACGUUUACAAUCAGUUUUUUAAAGAUAAUCAAGCAAUAUCAAUUUUACAAGAUUUAAGAGUAAUGUAUACCAUCAGUAUACCAGAUGAUAAAACGAAAUUAAAUCAUUUUGCUCAACGUGCAGUUGAUAUGUUGACGUCGAAGUAUGAUGCAGCGUUGUACGACAGCUUUCUAGAUGCAUGGGGCACACAUGUAACCGUAUCAAAUCAAGUUGGUGGUAUGACUGAACAACAAGUUCAGUUUAAAAGUUGUAUAAUGAAUCGAACUGAGUUUACAGAGGGUUUACUCUCUUCCAAUGAUAAACGACCUAUAACUCGUUCCUCACUCGAAUAUAAUUUAAAACAAGAAUUAUUAUACAAACGCCCCUGUCUUGAUCAUUACUACUGGUUAAGACGUAAGAAAUUAUUGGAUCAUCGAGUCGGAGGAGAUGUAACCAUCAGUAAUAAUACAGUUGCGUGGCAAAAAACAAUUGCCUACAAUCCGGCUCUACUUGCAAUUAACAAAUACAUUCCGUGGUAUGAUUUAGUGAAAGAUGCGACAGUAAAAGCAAAUUUGAAACAAGCAAUUAUAAAUCGAAUUAAUACAACAAAUGCACAACGUCAAAUACAGGCAGAAAAAAUACGCACUGAACGUGCAAAUAUGGAAUUACAAGCAAAAGUUUUCUUUCUCAACUCAUGGUACUACGACGACAACUACCAGAAUAUAUGGCAUGCAGCAGGUGAAAGUGUAACAUUAAUGGGCAGUCUACAAUGUCCAACUACAACUGAAUCGAAUAUACAGUGCUUAGCUGGAUUGAAAAGAAUGAGCGCAUGUUCGAAAAUCGUACACUAUCAUUACACUAAGCUCAGAUCAGUUUACUCGAAUCAAAAUGGUGACCAAUGGAUCAAUAACCGUCUCGGCAAAUCACGAGAACAUACUUAUCGACUAGCUGCCAAUAUUCAACCUGUUGAAUUAGCAUUCAUUUUGCUUGAUCAAUAUUACCUCGAAUACAAAUAUUAUAAUGAUCACAAAGCUGAUAAUAUAUUUCGGCUUCGAAUGAUUGAUUUGGCAAAUCGAUUUUUAAAUCGAAUCCAUUUAUCAGAACGCGUUCAACUUGAUAUUCAUUUUCAAGUAGUUCAAUCAGCUAUUAAUACAGUGCUAAUGAAUAUUAAUCAAUACGAGUGUUUUUUUUCCGGUUACGGAUUAACAAGAAAGCCACACAAUAUGGUCAAUGAUGAAGAAAUUUCUCCAUCUUCAACAGACGACGGUGAUCAGCAACAAACCAACUUUACUGAAUCUGUUAUGAUUUCACCAGGAAAUGGAGGUGAAGUUCAACGAAAACGACACCAUACAAAUUCAUCAGAUCUAUAUGAAGAAGAAAAUUUGGAUAAAGUCGAAAUGGAUGUUUACAUUUCUAAUGAUAAACAUUAUUCAAAACGAAGCAAGUUAAAGAAAUCAUCUUCAAUGGAUGACCGCGUGCGAAGCAUUACUGAAAAAAUUCUUCAAUUUAAACAUAUUGGUUUUACCUUAUGUCAAAUUUCUUCAUAUAGCUCCAAAUGGAAGGACGAACGAGAAAAAGCUAUUAAUCAAUUAUGUGAUUUGAAUUUGUUAAUCAGAAUUCCGAGAGGUGUCAAAACAUCAACUAGUCGUCCAUUCGAUUAUCACAUUAAAUUACCUCCACUCGAUUUUUCUGAUUUCACAGAAUGUGAUAAACGUAAUCAUCAAUACUCUAUGGUUGAUCAAGUGUAUAGUUCAAUGAAUGAUCAAACUUCGGCAGUAAGCUAA